UGGCCCGCUCGGCGCUCGGCCGGCCGCCCUACGCACUGCGCCGCCGUCAUGUCGACCGCCAUGAACUUCGGGAACAAGAGCUUCCAGCCGCGGCCGCCGGACAAGGGCAGCUUCCCGCUGGACCACUUCGGCGAGUGUCGGAGCUUCAAGGACAAGUUCAUGCGGUGUCUCCGCGAGAACCGCUUCGAGAACGCCGCGUGCCGGAUCGAGUCCCGAGAAUACCUGCGCUGCCGGAUGGACAGGCGACUGAUGGCGCAGGAGCCCCUGGAGAAGCUGGGAUUCGGAGACCUGGAGGAGGGCACGGCCGAGGCACAGAGGAAGCCCUGAGUAGCCCCUGGCGAAGCGGCCCUGCCGGGCUCC